AAUAUUGAAUAUUCAUAUCGAAAUUGAAGUAGAACCUCCGCACUCUUAUCGUAUGCCAAUUGAUGGACUGUAGCUGGCUUUCCGGGUUGUUUGCUAACAUCUCUGUUUGUUUGUUCGUUCCGGCAGCGAUGCUGCUCGUCACCGGCUGUGUGCUGCUGCUGUCGGCGGUGCUGACCUCUGGCGGUGACCCGGUCGAGGUCACCCCGUUCCGGCCGCCCCCCGACGAGCUGGACCGGCUGCUGGACACCAGUCUGCUGAGUGACAUCGAGGACCAGCUGAGCCUGGAGGCCGCCCAGAGAGGCAGCAACUCCACCGCGCUGCUGUCCCGCUCCCGACGUGCUCUGGCCUUCCCCACCGGGUCGUACGCCCAGGUCGACUUCCAGCUCUACGUGCCAUUCUACACACAGGGAGACUUUUCUGCCAUCCUGGACUGGACGACGCGGUUCCGCCUGUUCCUACCCAACAGUACGUCCGGCAUCAGCCUGGGGCGCCGCUCUCUGGACGACGACCGGGAGAAGAUCUACGGCAUCAUCGAGGCCAUGAUGUACAGUUUCGGUGUGGACGGCCACGUCUGUCUGCUGCGCACCAUCUGCGACGUGGCCGAGCAGCCGUUCCAGGACGACGGCGUGCUCGGCGACGUGAUCAACACGGUCAUGGCUGCGUCGUACCGGUGGCAAGACGACAAGAUGUACGAGUACGUGGAGGCAGAGUACUACGGCCGCUACUACGGCAACUGCCAGGAGGCCUACGACUGCCCAGUCAGCAUGUCGCGCAUCACUGACGUCAUGACUGACGUGGUCGGCUGAUAAAGAUGACGUCACAGUGCGCUCAACAGAUGACGUCGCAAUGCGCUCGGCUUAUACUGAAACGUCACAGUGUGUGGAAAGCGCGGAGAAGGUGACGGAAAAUUGUUGCUUAUUCGCUUGGUUGAGAAAGGUCAACUUAUGUCUUAUGAUAUUUGCUAAUAUUUGUUAUCAUAAUUAAUUUAUUGUUAUAUUUUUGUUAUCAACUUUUGUUGUUGUUAGGCUGGUGGUGAUAUAUGAGGCUUAUUGGCAUAAACUUCGGUAACUAUGGUUUUGUGAUUGCAAACAGUCGUAAGUAGCCGUCUACUCCUAAAAUGCACGAGCCCCUGACUGAGGUGUUCAAGGUCAACCGGUAUGCUGUUAUGACCAGAUGUAAUGUACAUGCGAAGUGUCCUCAGAAGACGUGCGUUUGUAAUACACCGAAAUGACCCUUGAAAAUAAUAUUUUUGAGUCAUUUUUGUGAUGUUGUGGUUUGCCCAUGUGUGUAUCUAGUACCACCUAGUAUGACUGUACCUACACAGGCCUACUCUACAGUCUACACACUCUCCGCAUACGUUUUUUUUUUCUCAGCGAUUGUACGUGAAGUAUAGGUAUUGACCCUCCUCGGAGCACAUGUAGCUCGAGAUUUUCCGCUGGUAAGUAAGAACUACAUCACCAUUUUCACAAAGCCUGUACUGUACCUACACAGUACACAUACAUCUCUAAUUUUCACUCAUGUUUUGUUUGCUUCGUUAUAAAAUACAUAUCGCGUUAUAGAAUAAAUUGUGGUUGAUGAAUC